UACAGUUCUCUCUUAUUUGAUAUCAGAGAGCCCAAUGGAGCCUUCUGAAGAACCUAGUCAGAUUAGCAAAGAUAACUUUUUAGAAGUUCCUAAUUUAUCUGAUUCUCUUUCUGAAGAUGAAGAAGUUAAAGCUACCUUCAGACCUAGUUUCUCCCCUCAACCUAGCAGACGAGGUUCUGAUUCAUCUGAAGACCUUUACCUGGACAUGCCAGCUUCAGGUGCAAGAAGAGUUUCAUUUGCUGACAACUUUGGGUUCAAUCUUGUGUCUGUUAAAGAAUUUGAUUCCUGGGAAUUUCCGAGUGGUUCAACUGAUUUUGACUUAAUGAAGGACAUUUUCCACACAGAAGAAUAUGUUUUAUCUCCACUAUUUGACUUGCCUUCUUCAAAAGAAGACCUUAUGCAACAACUUCAAGUACAGAAAGCAAUACUGGAAUCAACUGAGUAUCUUCCUGGAUCUACAAGUAUGAAGGGCAUUAUUCGAGUUUUGAAUAUUUCUUUUGAGAAGUUAGUAUAUGUGAGAAUGUCCUUAGAUGACUGGCAGACAUAUUAUGACAUAUUAGCAGAAUAUGUCCCAAAUUCAUAUGAUGGUGAAACUGACCAAUUCUCCUUUAAGAUUUCAUUGGUUCCUCCUUAUCAAAAAGAUGGCAGUAAAGUUGAGUUUUGUAUACGUUAUGAAACUUCUGUUGGUACAUUUUGGUCAAAUAAUAAUGGCACAAAUUAUAUACUGGUUUGUCAAAAGAAAGAACAAGAGCUGGAGCCUGGAAAACUACAGGAAGAAGUUCCUAACAGACAAAUAAAAGGCUGCUUAAAGGUAAAAUCAAGUAAAGAAGAAUCAUUGGUAACAUCAGAUGAGAAUAACUCUGAGAAUUCAAAGAUUACAGAUACCUAUAUCCCAACAAUUGUUUUUUCUCAUGAGGACAAGGAAGACUUGGAAACCAGUAAUCAGAAUGUAAAAGAUGUAAACACGGAACAUGAUGAACGUAAUGAAAAAGAAUUAGAUUUGAUGAUAAAUCAACAUUUAAUAAGAAGUACUGCUUCCAGAGAUGAAAAGAAUACAGUCAAUUUUCCAAAUAAAGCUGAGGGGUUACAGAAGAAGCAAAUCCAUGAUGAAGUAUAUACUGACUUGUUUAAAAGGCCUUUGUCUUCAAGUUCAUCAGCAGAAAGAUCCUUAAAGGGAGAGUUUUACCACAAUGAAAAAUAUUCCUCAGGAAAUAAGUAUAGUUAUCAACCUUCAGAGGAAAUUACUUCAGAUAUGGGAGAAAUCAAGCCAUCAUUGGGAAAUACUAGUAGUGAUGAAUUAGUGCAAGUACAUAUUGGUAGCAAAGAAGUACUGGAUAAUAAUGCUAAUCCAGCCCAAGGGAGAGGCAGAGUGCAAAUAUCUUGUCCCUCUGCAGAUCAACUAAUGGCAGACAACCUUAAUCAAAAACUUGAAGGAGAAGCUAAAAAAACUGAAGUAAAAGAUUGGGAAUGUUUAAGAAGUGAUUUCCGUUCAGAUUUCCAUUCAGAAGAAUCUAUAGAAAAAGGAUCUUCCAAGAAAGCUUAUGGCAAUGGUAAGAAUGAGGAGGAGGAGCAAAGAAUAUGCUUAGGUGUUAAUGAAAAACACAGCAAAAAUUUUCAGUCAAUCUUACAUGACCAAGAAAGGAAGAUGAGCCACUCUGAAAUAAGUGUGGAAGGGAUGGGAGCCAGUAACAGAGACCUAACUGCUCUGCCGAGUAAGGAUACCCCAAUUCAUGACCAGUCAAUCAGAGCAGAUACAUUUCAUUCACCAAGGACAAAUCUAAGCUGGGAGGAAGCUGUGUUAACAACCUCAGACCUUGAUCUCUCAGCUAGUGAAGGCACUAUUUUGGGAGGGAUGCCUGGUCAAGCUUGUUUACCAAGAAAUAGAAAUGUUUUGAGGAAUGAGUAUCUUUUCCAAGUUGAAGAAGAAAAAUCAGCUUGGAUUAAUCCGGAAGAUCAAAAUAAGAACACCCAGCAUAAACAAAGUUGGAAUGUUCUGGAAAGUCAGGGAAGAGCAAGAGAGAGUAAGACAAAUAUAAGAGAGCAGACCAAAGGACAAGCAGAUUGUGGAGACAUGUGGGAAAAAAGAGAUAAUACAAGGAGUUUGAAAGCUAAUCCUACAGAAGAAUUGUUUACCUGCCAAGAAACAGCAAGCUGUGAACUGUCUUCUCUAGCUGAUCAUGGUAUUACUGAGAAAGCAGAAGCAGGUACAGCUUAUAUAAUUAAGACAACAUCAGAAAGUACUCUAGAAAGCAUGUCUGCUAGAGAAAAAGCAAUAAUUGCUAAGCUACCUCAAGAGACAGCACGAAGUGACAGGCCCAUCGAGGUAAAGGAAACAGCGUUUGAUCCACAUGAAGGGAGAAAUGAUGAUUCACAUGAUACCCUUUGUCAACGAGAUACAGUAGGUGUAAUCUGUGACAAUGAUUUUGAAAAGGAAUCAUGUUUAGGUAUUUGUAAUGUACAUGUAGAUGAAAUGGAGAAGGAAGAAACCAUAUCUAUUUACAAUCCUGGGAAGACACAUGACAGGAAGAAAUGUGUCAUUGGAAAUACAACAUCUGUAGAAGAAUCCUCACAGGUCAUUACAGACUAUCAAAAAGCAGCCUCAAAACUAGAUUUACAUUUGGGAAUGUUACCAACAGACAAAAAAAUAUUUCCAGAAAAUAGAGAUCACGGGCAGAUCCAAGAAUUAUCAAAGAAAACGAAUAUAGAUGCCAUUAUUCAUUCUGCUUUAAACUCAGACACUAAUAGAGCUUCUCAGAAUGGCUCUCACAUUUCUAAUCACCGUGUUAAAACUUCACUGACAUCUCAUGAACAGGCCACUGCUAUAAAGAAUGCAAUUACUACCAUGACUCUCCAAUCUAUUUCUUCUAAAUCAAAAUAUAAUUGUAAUCCAACAAGUGAAAUCCAGGGUGCUGAGAAUCACCAUCAUCCUGCAUCUACACCUGAAGAAGUUUCCAAAAGCUCAAGAAUAGUGACAUCAGGUAGUAGGAGGGAAAGAUGUAUAGGCCAGAUUGUCCAACAAGGAGAAUGCAGUGUGGAUAAAUCUCCAGGGCCAACAAUUUUAAUCAGUGAAGCUUUUGAGAACAUGGAAGAGGCAAGGAAUGAAAAAGAAGGAUUAAUAAACUCUGGACAAUCACUGUGCUCUUCAGGAGACAAGGAAUCUGAGAGCCCUGCUUCUGACAGUCUCCCUGCCCAGGAAAGUCAAGCUCAAAGGGAAUCUCUGCUUUCAAAAUACACCAACUCUAAAAUACCUUAUUUCCUUUUGUUUCUGAUAUUUCUUGUAACCAUCUAUCAGUAUGACUUAAUGACCGGUUUGGCAUUCUACGUUUUUUCAUUGUACUGGCUGUGCUGGGAAGGGGGAAGACAAAAAGAGUCUGUCAAAAAGAAGUAACCUCAGCACUAUUAUUAUUCUCUCUUAAAAGAUAAGCUAUGUAGCCCCAAACAUUUGGAUUGGUGAAAGAGACUAUUCGUUGUUCAAAGAACCAGCGCAGUUUUUCUCUUGAAGGAUCAUUUAGAAAGGAAUGCGUAUGAAGUUUGCUCCUUCAUAUAAGUAAUUAUUCUAUAUAGGACCAUUAUGUUUGGAUCAUUAAAUACCUAUAUGAAUAUGAGAUCUGAAGCACAUCAAGUUGAAAUUAGGUACAGCUGUUGCUCCUUAGCAGGCUAUGAAGUUUCGAUGGUUCAUGUCUCUUCACUACUUAAAGUGCCAUUUCUUGCAUUCAUUUCUUUUGCAGUAAAGCUUCAUUUUUUUUUUUCCUGAGUGUAUUUUUCCCUCUACUGUUUUUAAAAAUAGAUAAAACGUGGACAAUGGCAGAGGACUUUUUUUUUGGUCUUCAAAUACUGACCAUGAAAUUUGCAUUUACCACUGUCAUUUAUCAGCACAUUUUGAUAAAUCGAAUCUU